AUGGCUUACGAAAACCGAUGGAACCUGAGCAUGAAGGCCCCUGCCCUGAUCGAAAGGGCUCAGCAAGUGGUGAGUGGAAUCUCUCGUGGUUGCAAAGAUGAGACUGGGUUCGGCGGGUUCAGCAUGUCAUUGUACGAUACUGCCUGGGUAUCCAUGGUAGCCAAGUCGGACACUACAGAGAGUCGUCAGUGGCUGUUUCCAGAAGCUUUCGCGUAUCUUCUCCGCCAUCAACACAAUGACGGAUCAUGGGGGACAAAUGUCUCGCCGGUUGAUCUCAUCCUCAAUACCAUGGCUGGUCUCUUGGCAGUUUUGGAGCAUUGCCCUCUGAACGCAGCCAGCUUCCCGAAGGAUGAUGCAAUGGGUCUUUCUGAUCAUGGCUCGAGAGUCUCACGAGCCACCAAAGCCUUGUCGAACGCACUGUGCAGUUGGGAUGUAGAAUCCACUCUCCAUGUGGGAUUUGAAAUCCUUGUUCCAUGUCUCUUGUCUCAAUUGGCCCAGAAGGGUGUCAAUCUGGAGUUCCCCGGCAAAGAGAGGUUGAUGAAGUUGCAUCAGCACAAGUUAUCAAAGUUCAGACCAGAAAUGGUUACGUCAGAGCAUCAAACCACCUUUUUACAUUCAUUGGAAGGGUUAAUUGAUAAAGUCAACUUUGCAAACCUGCGACACCAUUGCACAUCCUAUGGUGGCAUGUUGGGAUCUCCAGCAUCAACCGCAGCAUACCUCAUCUACUCUUCUACAUGGGAUGAGAAUGCAGAGGUGUACCUUCGAAAUGUCAUCCAGAAGUGCGGGUCCCAUGGAGCAGUCCCCAGCGCAUUUCCCACGCCAAUUUUCGUGACAUCCUGGACCAUAUCCACACUGCUGGCAAGUGGGUACUCCAUGGAUGAACUUUCUGACCAUGGCAUCAAAGAUAUCGCGGCCUAUCUGGAGCAACUUUUAACCGAGCAGCAUGGGUUAGUGGGGUUCGCCCCGAAGUUUGUGCCAGACGCGGAUGAUACUGCUCGAUCACUUCUUGCAAUGUCAUAUCUGGGGAUCCAGAUUGAUCCAACCUUUUUAGUGGAGUACUUUGAAGCCCCAGAUCAUUUCCAGACCUACAAAUUGGAGAGAAAUCCAAGCUUCAGUGCCAAUGCAAAUACUCUCUUGACCUUGUUGAAGGCACCCAACGUGGCAGCCUAUGUUCCCCAAAUUGAAAAAACUACCCGCUUUCUGCUUUCCUGCUGGAAAAAAGGUGGGGCUCGAGAUAAAUGGAAUCUGGCCCCUGAGUAUAGCCAAAUGCUGUUGGCAAAUUCAUUGCUCGAACUUCUCGCAGCAUCGAGUGCCGGUUAUUUGGUGGGACUUGCGACAGAGAUUGUCACCUUUGAAGUCCCAAUUGUUCUUUGUCAGUUAUUGGCAAAAACUGUGAGUCGCCAGGCUGACAAUGGGUCCUGGGCAAAUUCAGUGGAGCAGACGGCAUACAGCAUACUUCUUCUCGCCUAUAUCCUCAAGCUCCCAUGGCCAAUGUCGCUCCGGGAGACUGCCCAGGCCUCACUAGACAUGGGGAGAAGCUACCUAGCUAUACACGCAAAUGAGUGGUCUGAGGGCGCGUAUAUAUGGAUUGAAAAGGUCACAUAUCGACUCCCGACUCUUUCCGAAGCAUAUAGCCUUGCGGCAAUGAAGAUCUCGACAGAGGAGGUGUCAUGGAGCUCCAAACUAAAAGAUAUGUUCAUUUUGAUGGGAAAGAAGAUUGGGCACAUGUCAAAAUUCUUUGAACAGCUGCCAAUGUUCCAAAAGACUUCCCAUGGAGUGAUGACCUCGGCCGUUGCAGAAGCUCACUUUUAUUCCCUCAAGUUGCGGGAAUCCAGACUCGAGAUCUUUCCACGAGACAAUAUGGGGAUGACGAAGGACAACUACCUGGACUUUAUUCCAAUCACUUGGACCAGCGUCAAUGCCCUCUUUGACUUUCCACUUUCGGGGGAAACGAUGUGGGACAUGAUGGUCAUCUCCAUGCUGAACUACCAGGCCGAUGAGUAUAUGGAGUCAGUGGUAGGAAGGCUCCCAGAAGACUCCUUGAUUCAAAUGCAGUAUGAGCUCCAGGUCGCAUGCCGUGACGGAAUUUUAUCUCGUCUACAAACAUCCGCCGGGUGUGUGAAGGAGCGUCCGCUGGAUGGCCAGCUGCGGACACCACCGGAGGAGAACAACUCCUGUCAGACUCCACAGCCAUCGCUGCUGAAGCCCAUGGAGGUCAUCAAGAAAUAUAUCCAGCAUGUGCGGUCCCAUCGGCGCGUUACGGUGUGUCCGCCAGCCGCGCAGAGGGAAGUGGCCGAGGAAAUGAAUCAAUUCCUCCGUGCCCAUAUGGCUCAUAAUGCCGAUAACACUCGUCUGCAGAAAAUGGAUGUUCAUCGCGAUGGCCUGUUAAACCAGUCGUACUUUCAUUGGGUUCGGACCACGGGAGCCAAUGACACGAGUUGUCCUUACUCUUUUGUCUUCUUUCUCUGUCUCAUAAGCGAUGAAGGACGCCCUUAUUUUACUUCCGCCAAGCAGAAAUACUUUGCCCGGGCUUUGGCUCUGCACCUUGCCACAAUGUGUCGACAAUUCAAUGACUAUGGGUCUCAUUCCCGGGACCAACAAGAGCACAACCUCAACAGUCUUGAUUUCGCUGAUUUUCAUGAAGGCUUCGGCAAUGGCUCCGAAGAUAAAAAGCAUAUUCUUAUGCAAAUUGCAGAUUUUGAGAGAAAAUGCAUGGAAAUAUGCUGUGAACAUCUCGCCAAAGAGAUAAGUGCCACCACCUUGGCACAGAUCCGAGUGUUCAUCGGUGUCACUGAUCUGUUCGGUCAAAUCUACGUUGCGCGGGACAUUGCUAGUCGCCUGGAAAGCCAGGUUUAA